AUGCUGCGCAUUUCCUUUCAACCUUUGUCACGUUGGGGAGCUGCCACGUGCAGUCGGUGCCUUCGUGCUGCCAGGUGUUACUCAGACGCAGUGGCAACGCCGGACCAAUCGGCACCUGAGAGGAGUCCCAAUGCUGGUCUUCGAAGUGACGGGCCAUCCCCUGGAGAGGUCGUUGAGGUGCUGGGCCAGCAAGAUCUUGAAUCCUACCCGCGGCUUCAACGUCCCUUCAUUGACAGGAUUUGGCUCACGGCCAAAGCGGGCAACGGUGGAGAGCCCUUGCCCAAUGCCUUGAGACGGCCUCAUUUGCCCAAAGGUCCCGGAUAUGGUGGACACGGUGGAUCUGUGGUGCUCAAAGCCACAUCGCAGAUCGAAAGCUUCCUCGAUGUCCCUGAGAAGCUCCGGGCGGAGCAUGGCGGCGAUGGCCACGACACCAAGCGCGGCAAACACGGGGAGGACUAUGUGCUCCAGGUUCCCAUUGGCACCAUCGUUCGCGAGCGAGUUUUCAGUGGGGAACGAACACAGGAAGGCCGCCGCAUUUUCCUGCCACAGUUUAGGUAUCAGUUUCUUAGACAUCACGACACCUUCAUAGUGGCGCGCGGUGGCAUUGGUGGCGUUGGGCCCAAAUCCUUCAAGAAAGGUGACAGUCGCAGGGGUACUCCUGGGCAGAGGACGCGCUUGGAACUUGAGUUAAGGGUCCUGAACGACGUGGCGUUGAUUGGAAUGCCCAAUGCUGGGAAGACCUCCUUGUUGGCGGCCAUGAGCCGAGCGCACACGCGAAUUGGACCAGAGGAGUUCAGCACCACCAGGCCUCACGUGGGCGUGAUUCGUUUCAGAGAUCGUGUGGAAGUCUCCAUUUGCGACCUGCCUGGUUUGAAGCGAGGGGCCCACGACGACAAGCUGAUGGGACGUCGAAUUCUGCGUCACACCUACCGCUCGCGAGCUCUGGCUUUCGUGGUGAACGUUGCCAGGGGAGAGAGAUCUGAGGAAGACGUUCUUGAAGAGGUGGAGAUGCUUCGCCAGGAAGCGCUGGAGUUCGAUCCUUUGAAUCGCGAAAAGCCUUGGAUGGUCAUUGGAACAAAGUGUGACAUGCUUCACCGUGAUCCUUUGUUUCACUUGGAUUCCCUCUUUUACCGUCUUCGCGCUCGCUACGACGACGACAUCCCCGUGGUGGGCACGUCAGCACGCUUUGGGCUGGGUCUCAAUCGCUGUGUCAGGACCUUGCGACAGUUGGUCUAUCCCGACAUGUUGGAGCCUCGCUACCGGCUGGGCGCUGAUCCUAUCUUGAGGUUUCCGCCCAAGGUUCUCCACGGGCCCUACACCGGGCCCAUUCCAUCGCUGGGCGAGUACCAGCCGCACCCACCACCUCCGGCACCAGCUGCCAUAGUGGGGUCGCAGCCAAAGAAGCUGGCACGUCUCGACGUGGUCGGCAAUGAGACCAGUGACGUUCAACAUCGUUCAGAAAUGAAACAGCAAGUCCGCAAGCUAGCGCUAGCAAGAGCGCGGCAAACAGCAAAGCGUUGGCCGUAUCGACCUGUCGCAGCUCAGCAGUCGUCAGACCAUCAACGCACCAUGGCGCACCAGCAUGACGCACCACCCUUGAGCCAGCAGAACUGCCCAUGUCAGUGGAAAUCCUUGCGCUGCUUGCAGUCCAUGUCUCACCUGGAGGAUCAAGAUGGGCCAGCACCACUGUAUGAGGACGAACUGUUUUGGCAGAGGCCAAAGAAAGACCAGAAGGAACCGACGCAAGAGCAAGCCAUUCUGAAACACAAGCUUCGAAGUGCAAACAGCAUUGGAGGUUCUGGCCUGCCUGAACCGGCACGGUUGGUACACAAUGCCAGGGGCAAAGGCGAACCGGGGCUGGCCGUGCGCUUGCAGGAACUCGGCAACAAGCUAUUGAGCCUGGCUGAUGCCGCCGAACGUUCCAGCCGUCGCUCGGAGCGCGAGCCCGAGCCCGGCGACCGUUCCACUGGUGCCUGGACGGAUCAGCUGCUGCGUCGCUUCGCAGAUCAGGCCUUAAAGCAAGAAGCCCAUUUGCAGGAGGCUAUGUCGCAGAGACUGGCCACCAGUCUCCGCAGCGCUUCCGUCACCUCCACCGUGACGGGAGGCGCCAGCACCCCGGACGUUGCCUCAGGGGUUCCCAGCACAGCAGUGACACCCACGGCCACACCGCUACCGUUGGAGCCAUCGCCACAUUAUGUGCCCCGAGAAACUGGAGAUGUCAACUACGACCCAGAUAUUCCUGAAGAGUACCGUGAUGACCUGGACCCUGGCUACCGAAUUCGUCACGUCACCGAGCAAGAACUCAUGGAGGAGAUCCGCGAGAAGUACGAGCGCGCCCUGGCGAUGUCCCCGGAGUUGAUGCCCUGGGCUCAAGGGUUGAUCUCCAAGGAGGAUGCGGUGGCACCAGACGAUGAUGAGUUGUUAGGAGCUCCGAAGACGGAUAGCCUUGAUGAGUUGACGGGCGGUGUGGCGGAAGAGCCCACCGUCUCUGCAGCGCAGUCCACGAGGAUGGUCACAGAGCCGGAAACCUUGGAACACACCCUGGCAGAUGCUAUCAAGCAUGGUGUGUCACCUGUGCAUGAUGGACCUGCUGAGGUACCACCAACCUCGGUUCCGACCUUCGGAGCUCAGGUGCCACCGGUACCACCUGCAGGCGACAGCGUGGCCGGGGCGGCCAUGGCCAUGUUUCCGGGCGCAGAUGCGCCAGCGCAACCUGACGUGGCGGAUGCAGCGCCCAAGGCACUUUGCUGUGCCAAGAAGGAGCGCAAGGACGAUGGACGGCCUGUGAUGCGCUAUCCCGAAUCUGGAGACGGUUUUUACCCUGUGGAUUUGGAUGGCGUUGUCUAUGACUCCUUCAACCUCAGGAUCAUCCAUGAGCGCGACCGGACGGGCUUUGAAGAGACCAAAGACUUCCCAAUCCGCGCGAACAGCAUCGUGGCUGGUCGCUACCAGGUCUUGGAAUACCUGGGCUCUGCAGCGUUCUCGCGAGCGGUGCAGUGUUUAGACUUGGAGACGAACAGGAUGGUGUGUAUGAAGAUCAUCAACAACAAUAAGGACUUCUUUGAUCAAUCCUUGGAUGAGAUCAAACUCUUGCGGCUCAUUCGCUUCAAUACGGAAAGUGUGGAUGACAAGAACUGCUUGGGGCUGGUUGACUACUUCUACCACAAAGAGCACUUGAUCAUCGUGACAGAGUUGCUGAGGGACAACCUCUACGAGUUUUCCAAGUACAACCGUCAGGCAUGUGAAGAGCCAUACUUCACUUUAGGGUGUCUACAAAGGAUCGCCCAUCAAGUCUUGGUGGCCCUGGAGUACAUCCACCAGCUCUAUUUGAUCCACGCUGAUUUGAAGCCCGAGAACAUCUUGAUCAAGAGCUAUUCUCGAUGCGAGGUCAAAGUUAUCGAUUUCGGUUCCAGCUGCUUCGUGGAUGACUGUCUCACCAACUAUGUGCAGUCACGCUCGUACAGGGCUCCAGAAGUGAUUCUGGGUUUGCCUUACGACCAGAAGAUUGACCUUUGGCACGGGAUUCUCAGGAGUUUCCAUGUCAACUUGUCGACAUGGCAGACAUUGGCAGACGUUGCAGUUUUGCGUGUGUGCUUCUUGGAUCAGGUCGUUGGGCUGCAUCAUUGCUGAGCUUUGGUCAGGCUUCGUUCUCUUCCAGAAUGAUUCUGUACAGAGCUUGCUGGCACGCAUCAUCGGCAUCCUCGGGCCUUUUCCUUCCCACAUGUUGGCCACGGCCCGCUUCGUGCCACAAUACUUCACACAGGACGGCCGGCUCUUCCGAGAAAUGGAUGCUAGCAGCAUGGCCGCAGGUGCCGAGCGGCACAUGCAGCUUCUUGUGCCGAAGAGGAGCUCGCUGCGACAACGCAUGCGAACCAACGAUGAGGCCUUCUUGGACUUCUUAAGCUCUUUGUUACAGGUGGAUCCUUGUUUGAGACCUACAGCCUCAGAGGCUUUGAAACAUCCUUUCUUGAGU